GAUGGUAAAGCUAAAGAGAGACACAAUAAAAUGGCAAAAGCAGAGAAAAGCUCUCAAAACCUCCCUCCUUUCCUUUUAAAAACACACAAACACAUAAACACACCCCAAAACCCAAAACCAUAUCAUAAAAUAAAUAAAUGAAUCCAAAAUUAUACAUCUGAAGCUCUGAAUAGAGAGAACUUAGGAAAACAAAGAGAGAAAGGGAAAACAGAGAAAAUUAGCAGUGCUUACCAUGCAAGGCAGAGAAGGAAAAACAGCUACUUUAGUAGAUCUCUUAGUAUGUUUCCCAUCUCGGGGCCACCUCACCCUAAUGCCAAAGCCAAUUUGCAGCCCCGCCAGGCCGUCAGAGCCCACCAAACGCCACCACAACCACCUCCAACACCACCGGCGCGUCUUGAAAAAAUCAAGCACCAGACGUGGCGGCAGCUUAGCAAGUCCUCUCUCAUGGAACAAGAACAAGCAAAUGGGUUCUGAAAUCGACGAACCAACUUCCCCGAAAGUCACCUGCGCAGGCCAGAUCAAAGUCAGACCCAAAACCAGCUCGUGCAAGAACUGGCAAUCCGUCAUGGAGGAAAUUGAGAGAAUUCAAAAUAGCAGGAAGAACAAGAAGCGGCCCAGCUGGGUCGAGUCUCUUGGGUUCAAAAAGGAAAUCAUGCAGUUCUUGACAUGCUUGCGAAGCAUCCGACUGGACUUCCGUUGCUUUGGGGCAUUUCCUCAAACCGAUAUCAGCACUGACGACGAGGAUGAAGAAGAAGACGAAGACAACGAACAAAAUCAGCGCAACCUCAAUGCCCACGUGGGGAAAGAAGGCAAUGAAGAAUCCAGAACCAUCUUCUCCAAAUGGUUCAUGGUGCUUCAAGAAAAUCAAAACAAUGGGUUCUGCAAUGAACAGAGAACAGAGAAAGAAAAUACCCAAUACAGCACUGACGAUCAAUCGGUUCCCCCUCCAAAUCCUCUCCUGCUAAUGCGAUGCAGGUCUGCUCCUGCAAAGGGCUGGGUAGAAGAGAAAGAAGAAGAAGCCAAUGAAAAUGAAGCGGAAGAAGAAGGAGAAACAGAGGAAUUGGGUAACAAAAAAGGUAAGGACUUGAGGACAUUAAUGGAUGAAGAGAAAAGGAAUAAGAACAAAGAUCAAAGCUUGGUGGUAAUGAAAUACGAUACUGAUUUCAACAAAAUUUCAUCGGACAUGGCAAAAGAGACAUGGCUCGCUGGUAGAACGCAAGAUCCAUUAUCAAGGAGUCGAAGUUGGAAAAGAUGAUAGAAUUCAUCCCGGUAUUUUUACCCUUUUUCUCUUAACAAUCUUUUGAAGUAAUUUUAACUUUUUUUUUUCUUAAAUAAUUUUACAGAAAAAUAAUGUGUAGUUGCUUCG